CGUCCGCACGUUGAUAAUAUGGGCGGAGAAAGUCAUGGAAAGUCGAAAUACUCAAGAGUGGGGGAUCGCGGGAAUAAUCUCAGGUUGCUGUCGUCACGCUUUCCUACUUUUUGAAUCGAUCGAUUCAAGUAUCGAGUAAAUCGAACGCAAACUUUUACGUCAUACUUCAGAUGGUAUAUAAUGAUAAUAUCAGUAUAAAUAUUUGUUAAUUUAUUGAUCGUUGUCUACAAUUGGAGUUUUAGUGAAAUAAUUAUACAAGGGAUCAUUCAUUAUGGAAAAUAUUAAGAAAGAAGAUAAACAAUAUGGUUUAAUCAUACCUAAAAAACAACUCUCUGCACCAAAAGCAAUAAAUGUAUUUGGGGAUGAGGAUACUUCUGAUGAAGAUGAUGGCACUGAUUGGGUUAGGAAAGCUCUUAAAGCAGAAAGUGAAAAAAACAAAAUGAAAAAGCAAACUAAGCUUAAUAUGCAAAAAGCAUUAAAAGAAGAUCCAACUAUCUAUCAAUAUGAUGAAGUAUAUGAUAAUAUACUUCAAAAAAAUCAAGUUAAGACAAUAAAAGUUCAAGAAAAGAAACCAAGAUAUAUACAAAAUUUCUUAAAAGCUGCAGAACGAAGAAAAAAAGAACAAGAACAUAGGAUAGAAAGAAUGGUACAGAAAGAAAGAGAGGCUGAAGGAACAAUGUAUGCAGAUAAAGAAAGUUUUGUAACAUCUGCAUAUAGAGCAAAAUUAGAAGAAUUCAAAAAAAUGGAGGAGGAAGAAGCUAAAAUGAGUAGAUUGGAAAGUAUUGGUGAUGUGACAAAACAACAAGAUAUGUCUGGAUUUUAUAGACAUUUAUAUAAACAAACUGUUGAAAAUAUAGAAGAAAUUGAAAAAAUUCCGAAAAAUACAGAAAAUAGUAAUGUCACUUUAGAAACAGAAAAUGUAAUUAAUAAUGAAUUUUCUACAAUAGCAAAUGAAAAACAUGAAAAAAAAUGUAAUGUAAAAAAAAGUAAAAAAAGUAGGCAAUAUAGACAAAGGGUUAUUGAAACGUAUGAAAGUGAUAAUGAAUUACAAAAAGAAACUGAAUCUUGUAACAUAAAUAAAAGUAUAAUUAAUAUAAAAGACAAAAGUAUCAGUAGCUCCGAUAUUAAAGAGCCAGAUAAAAAGAAACAAAAAUGUGAAAUACGAGAUAUUCAAACUAAUACUCUAUCUAAUUUAAUACUUUCAGAUGAAAAUAAAGACAAUAUAAAAGAUUCUGAAAAAAUAUCACAGGAUAUUGAUGAUAAAAAAAUCAAAGAUAAAGAAAAUAAAGAGAACCAAGUUGAAAGCGUCCAAAAGAAAGAAAGAUCUUCAAUUUGGUUAAAGAGAACAGUUGGCCCUAUAUUUGAAGCAGCUUUACAACGAUAUUAUGCUAGAAAAGCAAUACGGAAUACUGGAACACAAUAAGACAUUAUUGUUAUUUUGGUAUCUUUAUAAGUUCAUAUAUAUAUUUUUAAAAAUUUAUUGAUAAAUUUAUAUUCAAUAAAUUAAUGAUACAUAGAACAUAAAUAAGUUCAAAAUAAAUCAUUUCUACUUAGAAAAAUUUCUUAUAUUCACUUGUAUAAAAUCUACAAUUAUGUUUGCUUAAUGCAUGUUUGUAUAUUUUUACACUGCCAAAUAAAAUGUCUUAAUAAACGUAACAAAUUGUAGAUAAUAAGUUGAUUUCCAUAUUAUAUGAAACAUUCCAAUUCAUUUCAUUAUGUAUUAUCUUCAUCCAUAUAUGCAUUUUACAGGAAAAAGUGUGAACCUCACAUAUACACACACUAUAGAAAUACUUUUAUAAAUACAAAAUUUAAUUUCUUUCAUGAUUUUCUUCGCAUCUGGAAAUACUGAAUUACACAUUUCAUCUUAAAGCAGUAAAUUUAAUUAUAUACCUCAUUAUUAUUAACUAACUGAAAUGUUUUGAGGUAACAUAUGACCAGUAUCUCCAAGACAAUGCAUUGUUACUCUUCCAUUAGGAUAUAUACACAACCAAGUAAUGCUUCCAUGAUUUAAUGACAUACGCAUCCAAGCUUCUGGAGGAAAUUGUAAAGCUCUAAAAAAUAAAAAAAUAUAUAUGUACAAACUAUAAUUUAGAACUACUGUAACUCGAAUCUUUUUAAUUCUGUAAGCCUCUUUCAGUUUAAAAUAUUUUAUUUCAGAUAUAUUUAUUUUUUUACUUUUUAAUCCUAGUUGUGCCUGUGAGGUGUAGGACAUCCCAGACCAACUUUGUGCUCAAUUAAAACAAUUUGCACAUUGCA